GUGAGUUUGUGAGCUGUUCCCCCAGGACUGGAUACCUAAGUGAUUCGGCCCCAUUCUCAUCCCAUCCCCCACCUGCCAGGACUUCCAUGAAGCUCCUGGCCUUACUCAGCCUGCUGGCCCUGAUGCUGCAGGAAGCAAGGACAGCAUCUCUCCCAAAGACGGAGAGGGAGAGGGAAGGAGACCAGCCGCACGGAGAAGACGAUUCUUAUGCAGUUCUGCAACUGGGGGACUAUGUCCUGAGCCUAGACAACUACGAUCAAGUCAUUGACCUGAGCAACUAUGAUGAACUCACAGACUACAGGGACCAGCUCCCCAAGGUUAAAGGGACCAGCCUGGCUUCUCCAACCAGGACAAGUUUCGCUCAGAGCACAAGGGCUCCAAGGACACCCCCUUCAAACCCCACAAUGGCCAGGCCUAUGACGCGGGGCCUGCUGGUUUCCCUGACCAGCCAUGGCCUGCCGACCUGUCUGAUCUGCGUGUGCCUUGGUUCCUCUGUGUACUGUGAUGAUGCUGACCUAGAGAACAUCCCUCCUCUUCCCCAGACAACCGCUUACCUGUACGCCCGCUUCAACCGCAUCCGUCAUAUUCGGGCUGGAGACUUCAAAGGGCUGACAAAACUGAAGAGGAUUGACCUCUCUAGCAAUGUCAUCUCCUCCAUCGAUGACGAUGCCCUCCUCCUGCUGCCUGCUCUGCAGGAUCUGAUCCUCCCUAAGAACAAGCUGGCAGCGCUACCUGUGCUGCCCACUGGCAUUGAGGUCCUGGACAUCCGCCUGAACCAGCUCCAGAGCUCAGGGAUACAGCCUGAAGCCUUCAGGGCGCUGGAGAAGCUGCAGUUCCUCUACCUGGCCGAUAACCUGCUGGACUCCAUCCCCAGGUCCCUGCCCCUAAGCCUGCGCUCACUACACCUGCAGAAUAACAUGAUAGAGACCAUGCAGAGGGACACCUUCUGUGACCCUGAGAGGCACAAGCACACGCGGAGGCAGCUGGAAGACAUCCGCCUGGACGGCAAUCCCAUCAACCUGAACCUCUUCCCCAGUGCCUACUUCUGCCUGCCUCGGCUCCCCACAGGCCGCUUCACCUAGCUCACCCCUUCCACUGCUCCCAAGUAAGAGCCCUUGGAGGACCACCAAGGGCACGGGCCUCCUGGGCCACAGGGCCCGAUCCCUGUCAGUGGUGUUUCAUCCCGGCACUAAUCAUCCUCAAGAUGCAAUUGCAAAACUCCACACACACCCCUCCCCCAACGCACACACGGAAAUGUCCUCCAGGAGCCAGAUUUGUAUUUCUCCAUCCUCUUUCCUGAACACCUUAUGGCGCCUGGCUCAGAGAAUAGCGACGUCUGCAGCAAAACUCUUUCCCAUAUCCCCCAUCCCUCCUACCCAUACAGAAUGCCAAGAAAAUCAUGUAAGAGGAAGAGGAGGAACAGAAAGAGAAGGAGGAAGUGGGGAGAAGCAGUGGCGUGCUGGAGCCAGCUCUUACUACUAGGCUCGCAAUAACUGAUCAUUAAAAUUUUCCAGAAUUUUGCAAACCAGUUGUUAAAUACAGCCAUUAUUAAAAACUAAAUUAUAUAAACUCACAAUUAGAUAUGUUGAAAACAAAUGUAAUAAAUACUCAAACUCAUCACUUCCCAAUUACUUUACUAUGUUUUACUAUUAAUCAUGUUCUUGAACUUACUUACGUCCACGGUACCUGUGUGGUGGAACUACUAUAUAAUGACAGGCUACUGCUGCCCAUCUCUUCCCAGCUCUGCUUUCAGUGACAUCACAUUGGUAGUUUGAAAUUGGCCAUGAUGGGAGUAUUUACACCACGCACGUCGGUAAACACUAC